CCAUAACAAGACAUACAGCAAGCAUAUAACUCGACCCAGACGACCAGUAAACCUGCUAGACCCAUGGCCCACCCCUUCACCCUCCUCGUCACAGUCGGAUCUACCCUUUUCCCGUCCCUCACCUCCCACGUCCUCUUACCGACGUUCCUCUCCCUCCUUCAAUCUCUCGGCGUUCAGCGGCUUGUCGUUCAGUACGGACGGGCAGAGCUCAAGCUGCAGGAUGAUGUCAAACAAACCCUCAACAUAGAUUCACAAGGCGAUGGGAUAGGGGUAUGGAGCGAUAAUGAUGGUGACAGGGUUAGGGACGAGAAGCAAAACGGGAUGGUAGUGGAAGUGAUGAGGUUUACGAACGACUUUGAGGGGUUAGUGGGAAAGUCCGAUGCGGUGAUCAGUCAUGCAGGUUCUGGAUCUAUCCUUACCGUGCUUCGUCGAGCACCCCCGAUACCUCUACUUGUCGUGCCCAAUCGAAGUCUUAUGGAUGAUCACCAGUCAGAGCUGGCUGAUGCGCUUUACAAAGAUGGUUACGUCAUGGUUGCUUCCGUAGAGGACCUUGAAGAGAAAGUGCAGCCGUUCUUGAAGAUAUGGCCCAGUCAAGCGAAGUUGUUUCCAGAGACGCGGAAGGAGGUUUUCAGAGAGGUCGUUGACGACCUUAUGGGCUAUGAUUAGUUUUGGGCCUUUAUGUAUAUCUGUAUGUCAUAAAUGUUCAGCUGCCCUUGGUCCGUU